UGAUCUUCAAUUCCUGGACGAUUGGCAACGCUAAACACACUGACACUGCUCCCGCUCUACAUAGCAACUUCCGGGUCGAGUGACCAAGGCCGCUCACGUGACUAUACGACGCCCCUCUCCCGUCGACGUCACCGAUUGCCGUAGACAGGGGCGGGGCACAGCGGGACGUGUGGGUGGAGAGGUUGCGGUGGAAACGGUGGGUCAAGGAGACGGAGCCUUUGAAUGAUUGGUCAUGCCAUCCUCUCCAAUGCCUAUUCUCUGUAGUCCAGGGGAAGAAGCUAGCUGUUUGAUACCUGGUGAAUGGAUGUGUCUAUUCUGUUCCUAAAGUUCAAAAUAGUACAGAAAUUUGUGGUUGCUCUACAUAAACCUAUUUAAGUGGUUGGCUUUCAACCAGGAGCCCAAACAGUAAGCAAGCUCAUCAACCUGAAGACGGCAAAGUAAAAUACAGCCUUGCCAUCAUCUGACUUUCUCCGACUGAUCUAAACCCUGAUCCAUGUACUCUCCAGCAGGACCAUGUGGCUAAUUGAGAACAUUUUGAUUGACCCAGAAGGAUAAGCACUUGAGACACAUGGAUACUGAAGCACAAAACAGACCAAAGGACCUUGUCUUAUCUGGGUCUACACAAGAAUUGACGGAGCAGAUUUCUUGUGUGGGACCUGCCAGAUAUUAUGUCUGUGGCUAUUUUGCAGCUUUCAAUAACAUUGCCAUCACCUUCCCCAUCCAGAAGGUGCUGUUUCGACAGCAACUAUAUGGGCUAACAACAGUGGAGGCCAUCCGGCAGCUAAAGCAGGAUGGCUUUCGCAAUCUCUACCGAGGGAUUCUGCCCCCGCUCCUUCAAAAGACUACGACCGUAGCAUUGAUGUUUGGCCUGUACGAGGAUUUCUCUUGUCUCUUGAAGAGAACAACUAAUGCUCCAGAGCUGUUCAACCGCAGUGUGUCUGCAGUAUUGGCAGGGACUGCAGAAGCAGUGCUGACACCAUUCGAGAGGGUACAGGCUUUGCUGCAGGAUCACAGGCAUCAUAACCGAUUCAGAAAUACCUUCCAUGCCUUCAAGGUUUUGAGAGCCUAUGGUAUCAGAGAAUAUUACAGAGGCCUUGCACCAAUACUCCUCCGCAAUGGACCUAGUAAUGCAUUGUUCUUUGGUUUGCGAGGGCCUGUCAAGCAGUGCCUACCAGAAGCCACUACAUACAGUGCGAAUGUUCUCAAUGACUUCAUCUGUGGAGGAUUUCUGGGUUCGAUACUUGGAAUAAUGUUUUAUCCAAUCAAUGUAGUGAAAGCACGUAUGCAGUCACAGAUUGGAGGGGAAUUUCACACCUUUGCAAAUGUCUUUAUGAAAAUCUGGAGCGAAAGGGAUGGCAAAUUGUCUCAUGUAAUGAGAGGUGUACACCUCAAUUAUCACCGGUCAAUCUUAUCAUGGGGCAUAAUCAAUGCAACCUAUGAGAUCUUGCUUAAGUUGCUCUGAGAACUUUACAAAGCCCAGCCUUUAAUCAGAGCAACGUUUUAAGCUCUAUGCUCUCCAGCUCCAUCAGUCGAAUGUAAUUUGAAGCAGCUUGCUUCUAUGGGUGGGAGGGAAGGAAAGCCCAACUUCGAAUAAAAGAGACCAGGUGUCCAUUUGCAAAGUACUUUGGAUCAAGUUUGGGAUCGUUUUGCAGAUAUUGGGUUUCAUUUUGUAUUGGCAGGAGAUGUAAGUCAGGAGCUAGGUUGAGUAGCAAGUGUUUUAAAGUAAUAAUUCCAACAAACCUACCUCAAGGAGGAUGGUUCCUAUCCCUUCUUAGCCCCGGAAAUAAUUUUUUCCCCUUUUCCCCCUGCUGUCUUUUUUCAGAACUUUGAAACCUCCAUUAUGACCUAAAACCUUUAUGUGGUCCUGAAACAACCUGGGUUAUUUUUAAUUGCAGUGGAUUCUUUUUUUUUUCAAAGACGGUAUGUUGGUGUCUACCUGUUCUUUCUAUGCUGUUAUAUUGUUGUCUUAACUUGUUCUACAGCUUUGACAUGCCUUUUAAAGUGUUUUUAUAUGCAGUGCAUCAAUGGAGGUUAGGCUAUUGUUGUAGUACUCACAUCAUGUCUGGGUCACCAUGUGAUAAUUUAGAACAUAUCCUGUAUGUGUUUGCCCCAUUUCCAGCUGGUUGUUUUGAGUUUGUCUGCUGCCCUCAUUUAUCACUUCACAAACACAAAGUCCAAUAUCCUGGUUGAAGUUGUUUUCAAGUGGCCUUUAAUUUUUAACUAAUUUUUAGAUUAGUAAAAAAAUUGCAAAAUAUGUCAAAAGUAUGAAUUCCAAUGCAGAGUUUGAUGAGCACUCAAUUAUUUGAAGCAGUCUAGCAUAAUAUAAAAAUGCUUAGAAGUUAAGCUGAACUACUUGUCCUUCAUCUGUGUGUGUAUUAUAUAUAUAUGUAUUAAUUUUUAUCUUGAACAAGUAAUCAACUUUUGCACCUUUGCUGAAAAUUAUAUUAAAAUGAAUAUGGGUAUUGGUG